GCCACACGGAGCAGCUGGAUCGGGCGUGGGACGGCGAGCACAGCGUGGGCGGCGUGGCACUCGCCCUAUACUCGGGUCUCUUCGCCUACGGGGGCUGGAACUACCUCAACUUCGUCACCGAGGAACUCAAGGAUCCCUACAGGAACCUCCCGCGCGCCAUCUGGGUGGGCCUCCCCCUCGUCACCGUCAUCUACGUCCUCGUCAACGUGUCGUACCUCGCCGUCCUCAGCCCGUCGGCGCUCAUGUCUUCCAACGCCGUCGCGGUGUCGUUCGGCACCAUCAUGCUGGGUCCGCUGCGCUACGCCGUGCCGGUGUUCGUGGCGCUGUCCACCUUCGGCAGCCUCAACGGCAUCCUGUUCACGUCGGGCCGCCUAUUCCUGGCGGGCGCGCGCAAGGGCCACCUGCCGCCCGUCCUCGCCUUCAUCCACCUUAGGAAGAGGACGCCCGUCCCUGCGCUCGCAAUCACGUGCUUCCUGUCUCUGUGCAUGCUCGGCGCCGACAUCAUCUCCCUGAUCAACUGCCUCUCCUUCGUGCUGUGGCUGAGCAUCGGGGCCGCCAUUGCCGCACUGCUGUGGCUCAGGACAACGCAGCCGCACUUACACAGACCCAUCAGGGUGCACAUGGCGCUGCCCAUCACUUUCCUGGCCUGCUGCGUGUAUCUGGUGGUGGUGCCUAUGGUUACGGAGCCACGGAGUACAGGCAUGGGCAUCAUCAUGACGCUCUCGGGAAUCCCUGUCUACGUGGCCGGCGUCCUCUGGAAAAACAAGCCGGAGAUGCUCAACGCCAUACACAAGAGCGUGACGCAUCGCCUCCAACGCGUCCUCUUGGUGGUCGAACCUGACGAGCCGACAGACGUUCCCCUCCUCACCGCUGGCGACGCUCAGACAUAAGGAGGAGGCAAGGAGAGGGAGAGGGAGAGGGAGAGGGAGAGG